AUGAAUAUUCGUUGUGCUAAACCAGAAGACUUAAUGGCAAUGCAACAUUGCAAUUUGUUAUGUUUGCCUGAAAAUUAUCAAAUGAAAUACUAUUUCUAUCACGGUCUUACCUGGCCUCAGCUCAGCUAUGUAGCCGAAGACGACAAGGGCAAUAUUGUGGGUUAUGUAUUGGCAAAAAUGGAAGAACCCGAAUCCGGAGAGGAUAGCAAACGUGGUCACAUAACAUCGCUAGCUGUGAAACGCUCAUAUCGUCGUUUAGGUUUGGCCCAAAAACUUAUGAAUCAAGCCUCAAAAGCAAUGGUGGAAUGUUUUGAGGCCCAAUAUGUUUCUCUGCAUGUGCGUAAGAGUAAUCGUGCCGCCUUAAAUCUCUAUACCAAUACAUUGAAAUUUAAAAUUAUCGAAAUCGAGCCCAAAUACUAUGCCGAUGGUGAAGAUGCCUAUGCCAUGAGAAGAGAUUUGGGUGAAUUCACCUCAACAAAGGCUGAUAAUCUAGAAAAUCAAGAAAACAAUCAAGAUAACAAUAAAAUCCAUUACCGCGAAUCUGGUACAGCAAAUCAUCAUGACCACAGUAACCAUGAUGGCCAUUGUUGUUAGGAGAUAAGUGAGAGAGUAAAUGCUUCUAAGAAAUUAAAUCGUGAACCCUUUUUUUAGAAUACGACAAAAUAUAUUGUAUUUUUUUGCAAAUACCAACAACAAUAUCUGUGCGUUUUAAAUCAUUAUUUUUUUAUUGAAAUUAUCAAACUAUUCUCUACCGUCAUUGUGUAAAUAACAAAAUACGAAAAAAAUGCAUAAUUCUUUAAUAAAGAAAAGAGAAGUAAUAUGUAA